CGCUGAUUCCUCAUCUCAUUCGUCCGUGACGGUCCUUAUGUCACAGAAUCUAAAACCGUAACGUACACCGCCGUAGUCCUUAUUCUUCGUGCGUAUCAAACAAGACCCUCUUACUCCCGUAGUGAUUUUAAUUUUGUUAUUUAUUUUUCCUUUUUUGAUAUAAUUUUUCCUCGAAAUUUCCCGUUUUAGCUUAUAGUUUUGGCACUAAAUUCAAAAACCCUAAGGUCCCAAUUCUGCCAAUGCUCUCACUUUUCAUCGCCCGCAAUCAAUCCCUCGCCUUUUCCCUUUAAAUCCGUCGCCCUCGUUGUUUGUUUUCUUCCCGGUUACUUUGAUCAAGAUUAUGCGUUGAAAAUCGAGGCCAACUUCAUUGAUGGUUAUAUUCAGGACAAGGGUUUAAAUCCCCUAUUUAUUGGACUUGAAAACUGGAAGUAAAAGUAAAUGAGAGGGAAAGGAGUGAUGAGAGGUCUUUCUCAACCUAAAUCUUUUUCCAGGAGGAAAACACUGAAAAGCUUCAACGUGAAAGGUAAACUUGAGAAUGUUGUUCUCAUUGAUGUUGAAGGUGAUAUAUGUGAGAAUGUUAUUAUCAUCGAUGCUUCUGAGUCUGUUGAAGAAGGUUCUAGUGGAUCAGGGGGUGGGAAAAGAUUUCCUUCUCCAGGUGUGAUUAGCAUUGAUGAUGAUGAAACUGAUAAUAUGGAUGAUCCCAAAAUUUGUGCUGAAUGUGGUGGUGACCUGGAUAGUGAUGCGUCCUCAAGUAAAAGUUCUCCUGCGCCUGAUUUUAUGCAUAAAUCUGUAGGCCUAGAUGACGACGAGUGCCGGGUAAUCCAGGAAAAAAAAUCUGCAUUCAAAUUAUCAAAGUGCAAGAAAACCUACACUGGGAAGACUCCUUGUGGAAAACGUUUUGGUUUAAGUCCUGAGUCCGAGGAUAGCUCAUCUGGAAGUGAUUGUUCUGAUUGUGAACUUAUGGAAGGUUCUGUUGGAAAGCUUCGUGAACAAUGGGAGAAAGCGUUUCAAAGAAAGAAAUGUAAUGCUAGAAAUGGUCGAUCUGGUUUAGAGGAUCAGAGUAGUGCUUCUGGAUCACAUAAUAAUACUCCUGCAACAGUUCAUGAAGAAAAUAGAACUGAACAAUGUGCUGAAACCCCUGUAUCCUCUGGUUCAAGUUAUUCAAAUAUUCAAAAACAGAAUACUUCUGCUUUUGAGACUAGUAGUGAUAAAUACACGGGUGGUACUUCUCCCCAUCCUGGGAUGGGAAGCCCUUUUGUAAAAUUUGAUAAGAAAGUUGACCAUGAAAGCUUUUCAUGGUCGAAAUAUGGGCCAACUGCUGAAGAAUGGUUUUCACAUGUUAAGGAUGAUGUUAUAUUUGGAAGGGAAACAAAUAUGAAAGAUCCUCCUUUACGGGAUGGAGAUCAAGAUUCUUGUCAGGUACCCCUAAAUUCUGACCCACACUCAAGUAACUUGCACCAGAGAAAUAGGGGUUCAAAUGGAAAAGAGAAGCUUCAAUCCAAAGAACCUUCGGCGUCAAUUCCUAAAUUAUCUGAAGAAAAACAGGUUGACAAUGCUGUGACCCCUUCUGAAAUCAAAGUUGGAACUGUUUUUGAUGAACCUUCUUCUGUUAAGACUUCAUUUGUUAAGAUGCCAGUAGUUGGCAGUGAAAUUUAUUCUGAUAGAGAGAAAGUGUUAUCUGGGGACAGUUCUCAGUAUGAUGAAACUCAAAUUAAGCAAUCUUGUUCUGAAGCAGAGGAAUCGUAUGUUGAAUCACCAUCUGGCAGUAAAAAAUGUGAUGAAAGGGAUACAUUACAUGUUCAAGGUGUUGAUGCUACAGCUUCUGGUGAAAAGGACAUAGUUAUUGACCGAGAAAAGCUCAAGGAGACUGUUGAAUACAAACUAGCAGUGGAAGAAGAAUGGGCAUCCAGGCAGCGAGAGUUACAAAUUCAGGCAGAAGAGGCUCAAAGGUUGCGGAAGAGAAGAAAGGCUGAAAGUAUGCGUCUACUAGAUAUGGAGAGACGGCAAAAGCAGCGCCUGGAGGAAAUAAGAGAGACACAGAAGAAGGAUGAGGAAAAUAUGAACUUAAAAGAGCAACUACGAAUUGAAGUAAGGAAGGAGCUUAGUCAAUUGGAAUUAUCAUGCAUUAAUAUGGCCUCACUGCUGCGUAGCUUGGGAAUCCCUGUAGGUGGUGGUUUUUGUCCCUUGUCCCAUGAGGUGCAUGCAGCUUAUAAACGAGCUGUGCUAAGAUUUCAUCCUGACCGAGCAUCUAAAACUAAUAUUCGCGAGCAGGUUGAGGCAGAGGAAAAAUUCAAGCUUAUUUCUCGCAUGAAGGAGAAAUUUUUAGCAACCUCAUGUCACUGAAUGAUAAUGAAGGUUCAAAUUUUGUUACAACAGUGCAAUUUUUGUUGUUUCAUUGGCAUUCUAUUGAGCUAGAGCUGCUAAAGAAAUUUUUUUGAUAUUGCAUAUGUUGGCAAUUUUUUGCCAGUUCUGAUCGGGUGGGCCCAAAAUUGUAAAGCAGUUGUAAAUACUUGCAAAGAAAUUAUUUUUAGAGGUAUGGUUAUAUAUCAUAGCGAAUCUUUGAGAAUGGAGUUCAUGCUGAUUAAUCGUGUGCAAACUGAUGUCCACAUUUAUUGGAUUUUGAGAGGGCUAUGAACUUGAAUGAAUGACUGCUGUGUUCGGUAUAUAAACUGAAAGAGGGGACUGUACUCCCCAUAAAACUUGCUGGAAAUAAUUUUGUACUUGCAUUGCAGGGGAGAUCAUUGUGUAAGCCUGUACUGUUUAUACCGUUUAGUUUAGUUUUAAUAUGUUGUAAUUUCAUAUUGUAUGCAUCUUUUCCUUUAGAAACGAUUGAUGUUUUUAACCUUUUAAGGCAUUGCAUAAAGCAUGUUUCAGACUA